AUGCCAGAUACUGUAACAUCAAUAGGAAAUUAUGCAUUUGAUGGUUGCACUCAAUGUUACCAAGUUAAAUUUUCAAAAAAUUUAAAAUCAAUAGGAAAUGACGCAUUUCGUAAUACAGCCGUAUACGACAUCGUAAUUCCUGACGGAGUUACAGAAUUAGCAGAAGAACUUUUCUGGGGAUGCAAAUAUCUUAAAAAGAUCACAUUUCCAAAAAAUUUAAAGGCUAUUUGGCAAGGAUGCUUUGCGAAGACAAUUAUUGAAGAAUUUGUUUUUCCAUAUGGAUUGGAAACAUUAGGUUCUGGAAUAUCUUACAAUAAUGCAAAGUGCAAACGCAUUGUUAUUCCAGAUUCUUGUAAAUCAUUAGAUUUUUCUGCAUUUUCCUCGAUGUAUGGACUUCAAGAAAUAGUACUUCCAAAAGGCAUUAAUAGGUUAAAUGGAUCACUUUUCGCCCAUUGUGGAUUUAAAAAUUUCACUAUUCCAGAUACAGUUGAAAGCAUUGGAGAAACAUGUUUUUGGGGCACCAUUAUUCGAACAAUAGUAAUACCACCAAAGGUAAUUCAAAUAGAUAGAAGCGCAUUUCUUGAAUGCAUUUAUUUGAAAUCAAUUGUUUUUGAAGGCAAUAAUUUGAAAAAAAUUGCCGAAACUGCAUUUGGGGAAUGUACAAGCUUAACAAGUCUCACUUUUCCAAGUUCAUUAGUCAAUAUCUCAGUAGAUGUAUGCGAGGGAUGCACAAACUUAAAAACGGUUAGAGUCCAAUAUGAUUUAAAUGCAUUUGUAUAUAUAGGAUACUCGUCGUCUUUUGAUAAAUGUGAUAAAUUCGACACAUUGGUUUAUGAAUCAAAUACACCAAUACCAGAAAGAAAUAAUUUCUCAAUUUUCAGAAUCCAAACACUUAUUAUUAACAAUAGUAAUCUCGAAUCCAUGGGAGAUAUUCCUGAUGCAUAUAGAUUAUCUACAAUUGUUAUUGUUGAUCCUUCAUCAAAGUUUACAUUUUCUCCAAGUCUACGUAAAGAUAUAACUUUAAAUAUAUCAAUAUCUAGAUCAAUCAAAGGCUUCACAGAGAAUGUUUUCGAGAAUGUAUCAAUUGACACAUUUAUAUAUUGUGGUAAAUCAAUAUCCGAUAAUUCUUUCCUUAAAAACUCUAAAGGAUUCAAAAAAGUAAUUACAUCAAGCGCAUUUAGAGGUGAGACUAUAGGUGGUGUCAAGAUCAGCGAAAAAACAGAUCAAUGCACUCAGCUGAUUCCAUUCGAAGUUAAAUAUCAGGAAGAAUCUGGAAGUGAAGAACCAGAAAAAACCAACGAACCAGAGAAAUCAUCACCUGCUACUGCUAGCAGUAAUAAUAACAACCAAGACAACAGUGGUGGCAACAAUGAAGAAAACGAUUCUAGUAAAGAUGGCAAAGGGAAAGGUAAAGGCGGAAAAAUUGCUGGAGGUAUAAUUGGAGCAAUUCUUAUUCUGGCAGCCAUUGCAGUCAUUGCUUUCUUCAUUUACAAAUAUAAAAUACACAAAUCCGAAAACGAUUCAGAAGAACAACACGUUGAAUUAUCAUUAGUUUAA